GCUGGUUUGAGGUCAGAGCUGCCUGCUGUUGGUGUGGGCAGUGGUGCCCCACAGCUUCAGAAGGACACCAUGGGCAAGGCAGGGCAGGGUGAGGCGAGCUCGUGGUCCAAUGCCGUGCCAGGAGUUCUUGUUUCCUGUAACUGCCUCCUUUGCAGUGGCAGUAGCAAAGGAAAAUCUGGCUGAAGGUGAAUCAUCGUUAUUACAGUGGGGUCCUGAAUUCAUGAGCCAGCCCCUUAAGAGCACAGAGCUCAGAUUCCAAGGCAUCUCACAAGACUUUUUACAGUUUUGGCAUACUUUACAGAUGGAAGGAUGAAGGCAUUAAGGGUGAAGUGAGUGAUUCAAGGUCAUGAAAUGAACCAGUUGCAAUACAGGAAAGACUGCAAGUUUGAUACAUUCUUCUCGUGGAUAUACCACUUAUAAAUUUUUUUAUUUGUAUUUUUUAUAAAUGACCAUUCAUUAUUUUGUAAGGAACCACUGAAACAUUGCAGGCUGUUUGUCUUGUUGAUGCAGUUUUGCCUUCCUUUUCCUUGAAGUUAGGCUUUUGUGUGUUGUAAUGAUGAAUAUGAUGAAUUCUACAUUUUCACCUCUUUAUACAAAAUGUACUCAAAAUUUCCGGCACAACUGCUUUUAACUUCCUGUGAAAGAAUAUUUUUUAUUGUACCUUUCUAGUAUUGAUAGGUGCUUCAGCCAUUUUUCACUGUGCUUGGCCAGGAUAUAUCUGGAAGAACAAAAAGUGAUUACAGAUCCUAAGAUACAGUUUCCAGAAGUCUGAUCAAGAAAGGGGUUAAAAGUGAGGCAACCUUAUCUCUUACUUCAGCGGAAGUAUAGUUGUUGAUUUGAAGCUCUCUGUAAAUGAUUGUUGGAGAUCUGUCAUGUGUAGCAGUGCAUUGAAAAAGCAUACCACAAACUCUGCUCCCUUCUCAAGAGUGUUUACCUGUCAACAACUCACUUUAAUUGUAGUCUUUUAAGGUAUCAGAAGGCAGGCAAAACUUACCAGCCAGCAAUCAUGGAAAAUAAAGACUUUACAAAUGUUUAUCAAAAUGUUAACAACACCAAUAUUUAUGAGAUUCUGGAGUUUGAGGAGGGUAAAGGGAAUCAUCUUUAUGAACAUGUCCAUGAAGAUCUGGCAUCUCCUUCUUCCACGACUACCAUACCAGAGAGCAUGGACUUUGUUCAAGAGAGCCCAGAAGACAGCUGCAGUAAUUCUGUGACCUCUCAGCAUGGGCUCGAUGGGGAGGAUGGUUCUUCGUUAUCUCACCGUGGUGCUGAAGAAGACUGCCAGUACCAGGAGGAGAUGGAUCUGAUGAGCCCAAGUCAGGAAGAUAAACAUGUAGAGGGCAUGAUGUUUGAGAAUGGCAUGCUUUCUCCUACAGGUGUCCAUGUGACCUCUCAGUACGGGGUCGAUAAGGAGGAUGAUUCUUCUUCAUCUCACCAUGGUGCUGAAGAAGACCACCAAUGCCAGGAGGACAUGGAUCUGGUGAGCCCAAGUCAGGAAGAUAAACAUGUAGAGGGCGUGAUGUUUGAGAAUAGCGUGCUUUCUCCUACCGGUUUCCAGCUGUGUCAGAGCCGGAGCACUUCUUCCAGCUCUCCAACUUCCAUCGAGUUCCCCCUUAACAAUAACUUAGGAGAAACGGACAACUUUCAGGAGGUCUAUGAUAUACACAUGUUUGUAAAGGCUGGUAUAGAUGGAGAAAGCAUUGGGAACUGUCCAUUCUCCCAGCGUCUCUUCAUGAUCCUCUGGCUCAAAGGAGUUGUGUUCAAUGUCACCACUGUUGACCUGAAAAGAAAGCCAGCUGAUCUACACAACCUGGCUCCUGGGACUCACCCACCUUUCUUGACUUUUAAUGGAGAAGUCAAGACAGAUGUUAACAAGAUUGAGGAAUUCUUGGAAGAGACUCUUGCACCUCCAAAGUAUCCCAAGCUGGCUGCCAAGCACCGGGAAUCAAACACUGCUGGAAUAGAUAUCUUCUCCAAAUUUUCUGCAUAUAUAAAAAAUACCAAGCAGCAGGAUAAUGCUGUUCUUGAAAAAGGUUUGGUGAAGGCUUUGAAGAAGCUGGAUGACUAUCUGAGAACCCCUCUGCCUGAGGAGAUUGAUGCAAACAGCACUGAAGAGGAGAAGCUGUCUAAACGCAAAUUUCUGGAUGGAGAUGACCUGACUCUUGCUGACUGCAACCUUCUGCCCAAACUCCAUGUUGUUAAGAUUGUUGCAAAGAAAUAUCGCAACUUUGAGUUCCCGACAGAGAUGACGGGGCUGUGGCGGUACCUGAAGAACGCUUAUGCCAGGGAUGAGUUCACCAACACCUGUGCUGCAGACAAGGAAAUUGAGCAAGCCUAUGCAGAUGUGGCCAAGCGGCUCAGCAAAUCCUAACUGACCUCAGCAGAGGCUCUAUAUCCCUGAGGGUUCCCUAUUUUACAGACUCUUCUCCUUGUUGCCUUAAGAUAUACUUAUCAUUAUGCUAUUUGGUUGGCAUCCCUAUGAUUCCACCUGUUAAAAGUGUAUUGGUCUAGGACAAAUCUGCUUCUCCCUGGAGAAAACAUAAGGCAACUCUAGCGUGGGGGUAGAAAUCUGAACCUAAGAUCUAGCACAACUAGUAUUAUUCACAGUCAGUAUUGGAAAUUAGUCCACCUUAUUAGUUUCUUGUUUCAUGCUGGAGUAUCUCACUACGUGUUUUAUUUGGAGUUUUAAAAAUAAGAUAUUAGCUGAAAUUUCAAGUAAGUCAGUUAGGAGUAUAUUGAACUGGUUCUUCUCUAGGUUAUUUCAAGGACACCAUUUUCUAGUGCAAUCUAUCCCCUGCUAUUGGGAACCUUGAGGCAGGAGCAAAAUAUGAGUGAGAGCAAGGAGGAGUUUGACCCCAAAGGAGACAUGCUCUUAGCAGUCAUAUUUGAAAACCUCUCUGAAUGCGUCUUCUGUCUUAGCAGGCCCAGGAGUUUAUAAGGUAUUUAUUUUUGACUUGGUGCAAGUGAGGAAAGCCUGAACGAAUAUGUCGAAUUUGCAGAUGCCACUUUGCAUAAAACGUGCAUGUUGCUUUUGGAUCCAAACGUUUAGAGGAAAAGAGAGUGAAUGAGCAGUUGAGCAGGUAGCCCUUGGAAGAGUGGUGCUAAUAUCCCCAGUAGAUCUUCAAGUUGCUAGAGACAUUGGGACACAACAGUAACGGGGGCAGCCUAUUGACUCCAGUAAAUAGGCUGAAUUGGCACAGGUAACCAAACCACGUAUGUUGUCAUCUUGACUGUAAGGUUGCCAGCUCUUUCAUAUUGUGAUCUUAGGAAUCUUGGAUGGGCAGGAGAAAUCUCUUGCUGCAUACAAAUUCCAGCCAGGAGAAGCACUCUCUUCUGCUUUGAGCUCCAGAUGGGUCACUUUCAAGCACUCAUCUUCCUUUUCAGGGAGCACUUUGCUCUGUGAGUCUGAAGGAGGGCAGGCUAAACAGAGAGAGGCACAUUCCCAGCCAAAAAGUUAGCAAAUGCACUAGCAGAAAUCCAUGCACGAUGCCUUUGUCCCACUCCUCCAGGAUUUAUCAGUCCGGGUUGAAUGACUGUGGAUUCUGAAUUAGAACUGCUUUCUAAAACUGAUUAUUUUGUUCUAUCUGUAGUAUCUGCGUGAUGCAAUCUACUUUAAACUGGUGACCAGCUGCACAUUACUUUGGCAAAUUAAGAGUGACAGCUCUUUGGUAUGAAACUCACUUGCCCUAAUAUGUACAAGAGUGUACAUGACUCUCAGCCUUCAGUUUGAGGGGGUUUAUAGUUGUUUUGAAAGAUAAAAUAAUAAAAUAAAGCUGAGCUCUAGCGUGGUGUGGGUCCCCUGCUGAUCAGAGCUAUGAAGAGCUGCGCUGAUUUCAGGGGAGAUCCAUACUAGUAAGCUGUGACCUAGGGGAACCUCGCAUCAGGCCUGUUUGCUCUCAGAAACCUGGAGGACUGGAGGCACCGUAUAAAGAAAGCUAGCUUCUGCCGUGUAAUGCUCACGAUGAUGUGAAGCAAUUCUUUUGACUUGGUGGGAUUUUCACACUAACCCAACUGGGAGCAGGAUGUUGCUUGUUGACUCCGAAGAUACUUUGUAAUUGACUUGCACCUGCAGAGAUCAGUUUGUUCUGAGCUUUCCAAAACCUUGGAAGAAAAUCCGUGAACUCCCAAGUCUUCCCUUACGAUGGGACAUUUUAACAGUGGCUAGACUGGAGGGCAAAGGCUCACACUCUUUAAAAUAUUGCUGAGAAAUCAGCUGGCUUGGAGAACACUAAUAACACCCAAAACAAUCUAAUGAGAUUAGGAAUGGCUGCAUAAAGCACAUGUGGCUUGUUUAAAAAAACCCUCUUCAUGG